UCCGAACGGCCCUAUUAUAGUGAAGGACAGUCGGCACCGCUACCAAACAAAGUCCAUGAAUGGACCUUUUGGAGAGGUUGGAAUCGUGAUUGUUGAUUGAAAAACGUCGAUUCUGUUAGGGUUUGGUGCUUAAAUGACCCUUAACGACUUUUAUUAGUACUUUAUUCAAUAAGUUUGCUCCGCGAUGUUUUGCUUGCUGGUAAGUGAUUCUGGAGCUCGGGUGCCUCUGGAGGACGGACGAGCGGUUCUGUUGGGUCGGGGUCCGGACACCGGAGUCGCCGACAAGAAGUGUUCCAGACACCAAGUGAAGGUGGUGGCUUGCUUUGCAGACCAGGAUGUGGUUGUUACUCAGCUGGGACCCAAUCCCAGUUUUCUGGAGGACGAGAAGCUUGGUCGCGGCCAGUCUGGUAAACUCGGUCAUGGGGGUACCCUCUACCUGGUCAACCAGAAAUACCCGUUUCAAGUUUGCUUCACUUCAGAUUCAGACAGUGUGCCGGACGCACAUAAAGGGCUGAAAGAUACAAGAAAAACACAAGGCGGGAAAAACGGGCGGGAUAAACAAGCGCCUUGCAGUCCGCCCAAGCGCAGUAUUAAGGAUUUUUUUUCUGCUUCUCCUAUGAAGUCGUCAAAAAGGCAGCUGAGCUCAGAAAGGGAGCAUCCUGAUGCAAAGCGUCCCAGAGUACAUGAGACGUCCUCAGGUGGAUGGAAUAAAGAGGAAGUAGAUGAAGAUGAGAGAUGCGUUGAGGAAAAGCUCAGGCAGCUGCAGGAAUUGGCAGAAAAGUCCGAGAGCUGCGACGACGAUACCAAGCCCGCAUCAUCUUCGGCUUCUUCCUCCUCCUCUUCGGUCUGCGUAAAGAGCACGUGGCAGCACAUCGGCAACCUCAUGCUUUAUACGGCAGCUGGCGUCAGAGGAAGCGACAAGAUUGCUGGCUUUGACAUAGAUGGCUGCGUCAUCACCACGAAAUCAGGCAAAGUCUUUCCGACUGCACCGGAUGACUGGAAGAUUCUCUACCCUGAGAUUCAACCUCGGCUGGCUAGCUUGAUCAAAAAAGGGUACAAGGUGGUGUUCUUUACCAACCAAAUGGGGAUCGCUAGAGGAAAACUCAAACCAGAGGUCUUCAAAUCAAAAGUGGAAGACAUCCUCGCCACACUGCAGCUGCCUGUGCAGGUGUUUGUAGCAAGUGGACCGGGAAUCUACAGAAAACCGACAAUGGGAAUGUGGAAUCACUUGUGUGAAAAGGCCAAUGGUGGUGUUCCUGUUGACAAGACACAGAGUUUUUAUGUUGGAGAUGCUGCAGGUCGGCCUGAGAAUUGGGCUCCGGGGAAGAAGAAGAAGGACUUCUCCUGCAGUGACAGACUGUUUGCUCUGAAUAUCGGAUUACAAUUCCACACUCCGGAGGAGUACUUCCUGGGUUGGAAAAGCGCUCCUUACAGCCUACCACAAUUUGACCCUAGGAAGCUUGACUCCACUGCCCAACUGUAUGAGCCGUCGUCCGCCUCGCUCACCUCCAGCCAGCCAGAAGUCAUCGUGGCUGUGGGUUUCCCUGCAGCGGGUAAAUCCACAUUCUUCCACACGCAUAUUAUCCCAAAGGGUUACGUGUAUGUCAACAGGGACACGCUUGGUUCAUGGCAGAAUUGUGUGGCUGCAUGUCAGCGUGCUCUGAAAGAAGGCCGCAGCGUCGCCGUAGACAACACCAACCCUGACCCGGAGUCCCGCAAACGUUACUUGGACGUGGCCAAAGCGGCGGGGGUGACCUGUCGUUGUUUUCACUUCUCAGCCACUCUGGAACAAGCAAAACACAACAACAGAUUUCGCGAGAUGAUGCCCUCCGACAGCAAACACAUGAAAGUCAAUGACAUGAUUUUCCAAAGCUAUAAAAAACACUUUGUGGCUCCUGUUCUCUCCGAGGGAUUCUCCGAGAUUCUCAGCAUCCACUUUGUACCGAACUUUAAAGACAGCCAGUCAGAAACAUUGUUCAGACAGUUCUCAGAGGGAUGACGGUCUUAAGUUUUGCUUUCAUCAACAACAAAUAAAGAUUCCGAACAAAUGUCCCUAGCAAGUAACGAUCAUGAAGGAAAAACGUGGACAAAUCAACCAGGAUGAUUUUUCAUGUAAUGUCACUCGUCUAUUAAGUUUAAGAGAAACAUGUACAAAAAUUGAUUAGACUGUAAGCUUUCUAUAUCAACAUUGACAAUAAAUAGUAC